AUACCGCUGUUGUUUGGCAGGAUUUGCAAAUAUAGCCUGAAAUCGAUUAACCGAACUGUAAUCUUCUUCCCAAAUGUAACCAAGUGCAGUGGGCUAAAAACAAUGACUGGUUUUGUGGCUGUCCAUACGGGGGCUGGGAAUUUCUUGGAUGAAACACUGUACCAGAACGUCUGCCGAGAGGCAUGUAAUCAAUCGGUCAAUGUGCUGUACGCUGGCGGCAGCGCAUUGGAUGCGUGCGAAAGGGCUAUCGUCAUACUGGAAAACUCUACCGCCACCAAUGCGGGCAUUGGGUCGAAUCUGAACUGGGACCGACAGGUGGAAUGUGAUGCCUGCAUCAUGGACGGAGCUUCGUUGCAGUUCGGUGCGUGUACGAGUGUGACCGAUGUGAAGAAUCCAAUCAGUCUGGCAAGGAACCUCUGCGAGCGACAAUCAAAGCUGCUCAGCUUCGGCCGAAUACCACCGAUGGUGCUGGCUGGCCAGGGUGCAUCGGCAUAUGCACGCGAGAUUGGCCUUCAGCUAGUCCCCGCGGAGCAUAUGAUUUCUGGGAAGGCGGCAAAAAAGUAUGACCAUUACAGGGCACAAAUAAUGCAGUACGAGGAAAUCAAUCGGGCCAAACUGUCCCCCCUGGACACGGUCGGUGCCGUUUGCGUCGAUGCCGAAGGAUCGAUAGUAGCCGGGUGCAGCUCCGGUGGGCUGAUGCUGAAGCUAAGUGGAAGAGUGGGCCAGGCUGCAACGUACGGUGCCGGGUGUUGGGCGAUGAUGGACGAAAGCUCCAGCAUGUCGGCGGCAUCCUGCACCACUGGCAACGGAGAGUACCUAAUGAAAACACUGUUUGCCAAGGAAUUGGUCGACGACCUGAUAGGCUGCAACUGCCCCAUCACCUCGCAACAUUUAACGUACAAAAAGAAGCUCCUAGAGUCACCGUUCCUAUCGAAGCAGAAAGCGAUUCACGCUGGUUCACUGUCGAUCAUCUACAACACUGCCAGCGGGGACGGAGAUUUGCUAUGGGCACAUACGACCAAUUCCAUGUGUAUCGGGUUUAUGUCGACGAAACAGAAAAAACCUAAAUUUGUAUUUUCUAAACUACCGCAGAACCUAACCUGUGGAACGAAACCAGUCAUAAAUGGGCAUCAUUUCAAACUGAUCUGAGGGGUUGAGCCAAGUCUAGGGCCAAAUAUUUAACUGCUAUUCAAUUGCGCUACAAUCU